CCAGAAUCCUUACUCUGUUCCCUUGGCUGUCUGGACUGCAAGUAAUUAAUAAAAGAUCUUGACUGAGAAGAUGGUUGAAUCCAAGAAUUAAUGUUACAACUACUAGCAGGUUUGUAUGGACGAAUGGGUAUCCUGACUAUUUAUUCAUCCAUGACAGACUGUCCUUUUAUGGUACGUAGCAAUCACUAGUUUCAAGGACAAGCGCUGUUAUGGCGGAUCUACCCUCACUGUGGUGUGGUCACACUGUCAAAUGAUGCCGUGUAUGAAAAACCAGUCCAUUAGUGUUGGAGAAAGCUUAGCUCGUAGUUUUCAAGAGAGAAACCCAGGUAUACCCCACUUCUUUACUCCUCAGAUUUUCUGCCAAGGCCAAGCUUAGCUAACAUGGCCAGUUUUUCUCACCAUUAUUGUUCAUCAUAAGAGAGGAGAAAAGUAUGCAUCUAUUACUAAAGAGAAACUUUAAAGCUGUACAUAUUGAAGCCUGUUCAAUGGUUCUGAGCCACACAACCAUACUCAGUACUAGUGUCUAACUUGGCUUUCUGAAUUUCCCCUGUUUUGGGUCUUUAUGAUACUCUCCUGCCAAAUGAAGUGUGUAUAGAACAGAAAGGAGUGUUUCCAUGAGGCACUGCAGCUUGUUCUUGUUAUUAUGUCUUACAUGGAGUUUCUUCUUCUUGGGUACUUAUCAAAUCUCCUCGCAAACAGAAGUGCUUCUUCAGCUAAGGAAACUACUGGAGUACCCAAAGCAACUGGAAUAUUGGAAUGAUCAGGGCUUAGAUUUUUGUUACUUAUCUUCAUCCACACAAGUGAACAUCACAUGCCAAGACAAUUCUGUUACUGAGCUCAAAAUUGUGGGUGAUAAGCCCAACAAGGCUAAUAAUUAUGAUGGGUUUGCCAUUCCAAAUCAAACUUUAUCAGAUAUCUUCUCUAUGGAUUCUUUUGUUGCUACACUGGCAAGGCUAACAAGCUUGAGGGUUCUUAGUUUGGUAUCUUUGGGCAUUUGGGGUCCUCUUCCGGAUAAAAUUCAUCGGUUGUCUUCACUUGAAUUCUUAGAUUUGAGUUCGAAUUUUCUCUCCGGCCCAAUCCCUCCAAAACUAUCUACAAUGGUAAGGCUUCACACUGUUAUACUGGAUCACAAUUUCUUCAACGAUACAGUCCCCAGUUGGUUUGAUUCUUUAUCUAAUUUGACCGUUCUAAGCUUGAAGAACAACCAAUUGAAAGGUCCAUUUCCAUCUUCAUUAGGUAAAAUCACAACUCUUACUGAUCUUGUUCUGUCCAGCAACAAGAUAUCUGGGGAAGUUCCGGAUAUUAGUGGCCUCAGUAGCCUACUUGUGGUGGAUUUGAGUUUGAAUGAAUUGGAUUCUAAUCUACCAAAAAUGCCUAGAGGAUUGGUUGUUGCUGUUCUAAGCAACAACUCCUUUUCGGGGGAAAUAACGAAGCAAUUUAGCCAGCUAAGUCACCUCCAACAUCUUGAUAUAUCAAUUAAUUUAUUAGAAGGAGCUCCGCCUGCUGCAGUUUUUUCAUUGCCAAACAUCAGUUACUUGAACCUGGCAUCAAACAUGUUGAGUGGCUCGCUUCCGCACCAUCUAAGAUGUGGCAGCAAACUUGAGUUUGUUGAUAUAUCUGAAAACAGGUUGACUGGUGACUUGCCAUCUUGCUUAAGCAUUAAAUCAGAGGGGAGACUUGUUAAGUUUAGUGGAAAUUGCUUAUCCGUUGAUGCAGGUCAUCAGCACACAACAUCACAUUGUACGGAAGCCAACACGAACAAGAAACAUUCUGGAGGAAAAAAUGUGGUGAUACUAGUAUGUAUUAUUGGAGGGGCACUAGUUUUUAUGGUGCUUCUGGCCUUUGUUUUUCUUUGUGUGUUCAGAAGAUUUUGUCCUCGAGGGAUAUCGGAGCAGCAUUUGUUGCAUAAAGCAGGGCCAGAUAAUUCUGUAGCUGGAUUCUCCUCCGAGAUGCUAACAAGUGCAAGAUUUAUAUCUCAGGCUGCAAAGUUGGGAAUACAAGGUCUCCCGGCUUGUCGGCCAUUUGCUUUAGAAGAGUUGAAGGAAGCUACAAAUAACUUCGAUAACUCUGCGUAUAUUGGUGAAGGGUCACAUGGGAAGCUCUACAAAGGAAGACUAGAGAAUGGCACCCAAGUGACCAUAAGAUGCCUGCUACCGUCGAAGAAGUUCUCAAUUCGCAACCUUAAGCUCAGGUUGGAUUUGCUUGCAAAGCUCCGGCAUCCACAUCUUGUUUGCCUGUUGGGAUAUUGCAUCUAUGAUGGUGGACAAGAUAAUUACAGUAUAAACACCGUCUUCCUUAUUUAUGAAUACGUGUACGGUGGAGAUUUUCCUACUCAAUUUUCAGCAGAAAAUAGAUCCGGGAAGGGUUUCGACUGGUCAGAGAGAUUGGCCAUUUUAAUUGGGGUUGCAAGGGCAGUGCAUUUCCUGCAUACAGGGGUUAUUCCCGGUUUCUUCAACAACCAAUUGAAGACAAAUAAUAUCUUGCUCAAUGAACAUAAGAUAGCAAAGUUGAGCGACUAUGGCCUGUCUAUUAUCUCAGAAGAAACCGGCAGCCGUGGUGGGGAAAUAGAAGGCGACGUUAAAUCAAGGCAAAUGACAAGAUUUGAUGAUGAUGUCUAUAGCUUUGGAUUCAUAUUACUAGAAGCUCUUAUCGGACGUUCUGGAUCGGCCAGACGAGCUGCACUUACACAAGAUGAAUGGGCAUUUUUGAACAACCAGGAGGAACGGUUAAGAGUAGUCGACGCCAUGGUGAUGGCAACUUGCUCACAAGAAUCUUUAUCGAUUGUGGUUGGAAUAAUGAACAAAUGUAUCCACUCCGAGUCAUGGAGUCGUCCUUCUUUCGAGGACAUUCUAUGGAACUUGCAGUAUGCUGCUCAGGUCCAAUCAACAGCAGAUGAACAGAAAAUGGACAAAGCUUCAUUUCAAUGAAUUCUUGAGACCUGACGCCUCUCCGCAACAUUCCUAUCGUUUCAUGUUUUGCUUUUAUGGCUAAGCCAACAAGUGAAUGAGAAUAUCCGUACAAGAAGAUCUAUGGAAAAACUUGAUCUCUCUGUCACUCUCUAUCCUGAAUACAUGGUAUAUGUUGCAGAUGCAAUGCAGCCAAAAGCCCCUGCCAAGUCUCCCAAGAUGCACUUGCUACUUGAAAGUAGAUGAACUUUUUCAGUUUCCUGUAAUAAUCUUCCAGCGGCUUGCUCUGAGAAGUCAAGAAAAUAAAAGCAACGGAUAUACUUUUCAAACAGUAACAUUUGAGUUCCACCAUAUUAUAGUUCUUUUGGUAAUCUAAAACAUCAUUAUAUAAGUUUGUCAUUUGAACAUUCGAUAUGCAUCUAAAUUGACGGUCCGUGCA